AAGAAAGGGCAAGUGGCCGGACCAACGCCACUCCUUCUCCAGACCUUACAGCAGGGAGUCCAAGCUUCUGUGAACUCGCUUGAAACAUAAAGGGUGAAGAUGCUGUCAGUGCAGGGUGUCUUGGGAUUGGUGACUUUGCACGUUGUUGCGGCGCAAAGUGGUUUGCAAUACAAUCAUUUUGCCCAAAACGACCAAUUCGGCUUGCCUGUGGGAAGUGGCAGUGGUACGGUGUUCAUCCCAGGCUCAAAUCAAGGUGGCGUUUCUGGAUCCUCUGGUCAGUUCGGCGUGAGCUUCAUUCCUGGCGGCCUGAGUGAUGACGGAAGUUCCUCCGGUGUAUCGGCUGGUGGUGCUGGUGGGCAAGUUGUACAAGGAUUUAACACGCUCCCAACCUUCGCUGGCAUCCCAGCGCAAGGCGGACAAGGUGUGUUCUCGCAACCUUCCAAUGGUCCAGCGUUCAUUGGCGGGCCAGUCGUUCCUGUUUCUUCACGAGCUCCAGUGUUCACCGCCCAAAGCGGCGUGAUAUCUCUGCCCUCUCAGCAAGGCCCAGCAUUCAUCGGGGGUCAGGGCGGUUCUUUCAUUGGCAGACCGGUGUCUGGCCAAGCCGGUGUGUUCGGUGGUAGUUUCCAGCAAGGUGGUAUUCAGGCGGGCGGCGUUCAAGCCGCUGGGUUCAGGUUUCCAUCUCGCGUCAUUCAGGAAGAAGCAACACCCACUGUCACCCGAACGGUUACCAUCGACGCUUUCGAGACCUUGACUGACCUGGUCUUGCACAGCGUGGCAGUCACCAGGACCCAGUUUAAUCUGGUCACUACGACCAGAUUAACUCGCGUGGUUGUGCCCACGCCUAUAAACCACGGUCUCGCCCUUACCACAUCUGUUGUCGUAAGUCCUGCCUACGUCACCGUCACUGAGACAAAGUCUGACUUCAGGGUUGUUCUGAGGACCUCAGUGAGCUAUGUUACCUUAACGCACACUUCUUACGCAAUUAUGCACGUGCCCUUCACACUCUACAUCACUGAAACCGUGGAAGUGACCUCUCCUGUGGUGAGGACUGUCAUUAACACAUCGGUGGAGGCAGUUACAAAUUACCACACGGUUACGAGCACUGCCUACGUUCACGGAGGUUACCAUUAACUUGGGGAAAGUAUGAAAGAAUACAAUAAAUAUAUGUACAUGUGUAUUGGAGUUGCUUACUGAAUAAAAAAGCUAGAUUUAU